AUGACAUUUUAUGCAGUUGGCGAUGCUGCAACAGCGGCCGGGCUUACAACAAAGGAUGAUAUCAACGAGGUUAUGCAUGACUGGGAGAGCAGGUACUCAUCAUAUUCGAACUCAUCAAUAUUCAUAACAACAUUCAACGUCAAUGGUAGAGUACCAGCUUUAGAAAUGAUCCCAAAAUGGCUCACUUUCAACGGCGAUCCACCGGAUUUUUAUGCUGUUGGGUUGCAAGAAAUGGACCUCUCACCACAAGCAUUUCUUAUGAAUACUUCGGCGCGCCAUUUCGAAUGGCAAAUUGUAACCAAAAAAUCACUUCCUACAACUGCUCGCUACGCUUUGGUGAAAGAAGUACGUCUGGUGGGCAUACUUUUAAUGAUCUAUCGUCGGAUUGAUUGUGGGAUUAAGGUGAAUGAGGCAGCGACCGAGGUCGAGGUUGUGCCAACGGGUUUCCCAUUGCUUGGUCGUAUGGGUAAUAAGGGUGGUGUUGCGAUAAGCUUGCAAUUGAACGAUAGCUGUAUAUGUUUUGUGAACUCACACUUUGCGGCAGGUCAAGAAGAACUGGAGAAGCGGAAUCAAGAUUACAGGGAAAUUUCGCAAAUACGAUUUCCAAAAAGCAACAAAACCCUAUUCGAUCAUGAUGCAAUUUUUUGGCUCGGUGAUAUGAAUUUUCGGUUAGAAGUCAAUGAUACCAUGAGAAGCGAAGAUCUGCGACGCCUAUGCGCUGAUGAGAAUGCCUUUAGAGAUAUGAUCAUAUAUGAUCAGGUAAAUUUGUCUGUUAACCUGAUCGUCUUGUCUGUGGUG